AUGGUCUCAUUUUGCCCAGCAGAGGGCUGGGGACCUGUCUCUGGCCAAAGAGACUUUGACCUAACUGUAUGUUUUGAGGAAACGACGCUCCUCGCCGGGCCCAGCGCGCUCUUCGCGUUGUUUGCAAUCAAAAGUAUCUGGUCAAUGCGUCAAGAUCAAGAAAUUCCCUAUCGUUCAACAUGGCUCCUGCGGUUUAAGACUGCACUCUCGUGGAUGAUCGUCCUCACCGCCAUUUCACGUAUCGUUGUGAUCGUACUCAUGGGACACCACGCGUCUACGGCCACCUUUGUCUCUCUCGGACUCCAAGUCGCAGCCUUUGCCACUCUUCCAUUCGUCAUUCACCGCAAUCACCUCCGAGAAAGACGCUCAUUGUCUCUUUUCCUCGUAUUCUGGCCACUCUAUCUCGUCGCUCUUGCCACCUGGCUAAGAACCGCAUGGGCAACCGGUUGGCUCGAGUCAAAUGUUAUCGAACUCGGCCUAGUCUCUGCCACUGCCACGCUUGGUACCCUCACAUGGAUCCUUGAAUGCGUCGGUCCCGAGCAUGAGCGAGGUAGCUAUCACCCUUCGCUGGACAUUCUCUUGGAUGAAUGGUUGAUGCGUCUUGGUGCUCAGCGCCCAUUGGAAGAAGAGGAUGUAUACGUCCUGGGCGCAGAAGACCAAGCGGAUAUCCUCGCGGAGAAACUGGAGCGAGCCACAGAAAACCACAAAAACCUCUGGUCGGCAUUGGCUGUUGCAUACGGAGCGACCUACGGAGAAGCCGCCUUCCUCAAAGUCAUUCAAGAUUUACUCGCGUUUGCCCAACCUCAAUUCCUUCGAAUGUUCCUUGCAUACAUUGCACGCUUCUCAACAUCGGGGAAUGGAUCUAUUCAAGGGCCCUCCAUUGCGCAAGGCUUUGUCAUUGUAGGCGCCAUGUUCAUAUCAGCAAUGACCCAAACGAUCGUGCUACAUCAAUAUUUUGACAAGUGCUACCGUACCGGAAUGCGCGUUCGAUCGGGACUCGUUACACUCAUAUACAAAAAGACCCUAGUUCUAUCCAACGAGGAAAGGAACAAGAUGCCCUCUGGAGAUACGGUCAAUUUGGCCUCCGUUGAUGCGAUGAGACUCCAAGAUCUUUGCACGUACGGGUUGAUUGCCAUAAGUGGCCCGUUCCAGAUCACCCUGGCGUUCGUUUCCCUCUAUAAUCUCCUUGGAUGGUCUGCAUUUGUGGGAGUCGCAGUCAUGGUUGUCGCCAUUCCCAUCAACACCGCCAUUGCAAGAUAUACCAAAAAGCUUCAAGAACAGCAAAUGAAGAACACUGACAAGCGAACGAGGCUUAUGAGCGAGCUCUUGAAUAACAUAAAAAGCAUCAAACUUUAUGCUUGGGAGCGCUUUUUUAUGGCCAAGGUACUACAAGUCCGAAACGAGCAAGAACUGAGGCUAUUGCGCAAAAUUGGAGUUACGAAUGCGGUAGGAAUGAUGUUCUGGGGUACCAUUCCACUGCUGGUCUCUUUGGCCUCAUUCACUGCUGCCGCAUAUACUCGCUCAGAACCAUUGACAAGCGACAUUGUUUUCCCUGCCAUCUCAUUAUUCUUGCUCCUCUCGUUCCCACUCGCAAUGUUUGCUCAAAUAACUACCUCCAUUGUCUCGGCAAUGGUCUCCGUAAAGCGCCUGAGCAAGUUCCUUCACGCCGGCGAGUUACAAGAAGCUGCAGUCGUCUAUGAGGAUGAGAUACGAGCACUCCCCGCACUGGAGAUCAAGUCAGGCGACUUCAGAUGGGCCCAAGAAUCAGCUCAGCCUACGCUCGAGGAUAUCAACCUCAAGGUUGGAUCUGGAGAGUUGGUAGCUGUUCUCGGCCGAGUUGGCAGUGGAAAGACAAGUUUAUUGUCAGCAAUCGCAGGAGAGAUGCACAAGUCUGAAGGAACGGUGACAGUCCGUGGCUCAGUUGCGUACUGUCCACAGAAUCCUUGGAUUAUGAGUGCUACGGUCCGGGACAACAUUUUGUUUUGCCACGAGUACGAAGAGGAGUAUUACAACAUUGUACUUGAUGCCUGUGCUUUGCGACCCGACUUGGCCUUACUUGAACAAGGAGAUAUGACGGAAAUUGGCGAAAAAGGCAUCAACCUGUCAGGUGGACAACGUGCAAGGAUUGCACUCGCUCGUGCAGUAUAUGCUCGUGCCGAUUUGACUCUCCUAGACGACGUCCUGGCUGCUGUGGAUAAUCACGUCGCCCGUCACAUCUUUGAUCAUGUCAUUGGUCCCCGAGGUUUGUUGGCUAACAAGGCGAGAGUCCUUGUCACCAACAGUGUUGCAUACCUUGCCCAAACGACGAACUUGGUCCUGAUGCGCAGCGGUAUCAUUCUCGAGAGUGCACCCUACGAGGCUAUCUACGCGAAUUCCCAGUCUGAGCUAUUCAAGUUCAUUACCAUCCCCUCCCGCUCCGAGACCAAUAGUGGACGACAGUCUGGAACUGCAACACCUCGUACUAAAGAGCAGACACAAGAAGACAUCAAAAUUGAAAAAUCAGAGGUCCAAACGCCAGAAACUCUCACCGAGGCGGAGCCGGUCAGCAAAACCUCGAAGGCAAUCAAGUCUGAUAUCAUUAUCGCCGCACCAGAAGCCGACAAGGCAAAGAGAGAGCACAGGGAGCGCGGAAAAGUCAAGAUGGAGGUUUACAAGCAGUAUAUUACCGCUGGAGGAAUCGGAGCGUUCUUCCUACUUGCGAUGAUUACAGCACUCGGUCAAGCGGUUAAUAUUGGCUCAACAUAUAUUCUCAAGAGUUGGGCCGAACACAACCGUCGAGCAGGACGUAACGCGGAUACAAAUACGUACCUCGCUUUAUACGGUGCUGCAGUCUUCCUUUCAAGUCUUUUGUCGUUGAUGGUCGGAAUUCUCCUUUCCGUCAUAAUCAUCAUCAGGAGCACCAAGUACAUGCAUGACCGUGUCUUGCAGGCUCUACUUCGCUGCCCACUGUCAUUCUUCGAACAAACGCCAAGUGGAAGAAUUCUUAAUGUCUUCUCUCGUGACGUCUAUGUAUUAGACCAAGUGCUUGCACGAGUCAUCUCAGGCGCCUUGAGGACGUUCUCAAGUGUCAUGGGAACUGUCUUUGUGGUCUGCAUCAGCUUCCCACUCUUCACGUUUGCCCUCCUUCCUCUGGGUGUCUUCUACUAUCGAGUGCUGGUAUACUACCUUGCAACGAGUCGAGAAUUGAAACGGCUGGACUCUAUUACGCGUGCUCCGAUCUUCACGUGGUUCCAAGAGACACUCUCUGGCUUGAGCACCAUUCGUGCAUUUAGACAUCAACGAUUGUUUACCCUCAACCUCGAGAAGCGCUUGGACCGUAAUCAAAUGCAGUACAUGGCGAGUAUCAAUGUCAACCGUUGGCUCGCUAUCCGCCUAGAGUUUAUCGGAUCAAUGAUCAUACUACUCGUGGCCGUACUCGCUUUGGUCAAGCUACUCUGGUUUGGCGGAGUGGACGCGGGUUUAGUGGGAAUGGUCCUCUCUUACUGCCUCAGUGUUUCUGGCGCGCUAAACUGGAUGGUCCGAUCAGCAAGUGAAGUUGAGCAGAAUAUCGUUUCUGUGGAACGUAUGAUCCAGUAUGCGAACCUCAAACCUGAGGCAGAGAUGACAAUCGAGGCAACACGACCUCGUUCACCUUGGCCAAGCAACGGUAUUAUCGAGUUCAAGCACAUGUCUAUGAGAUAUCGACCAGAGUUGGAGAAUGUUCUGAAGGACAUAAAUGUUACUAUUCCGAAACAUGCCAAGGUCGGAUGUGUUGGAAGGACUGGGAGUGGAAAAUCGAGCACGAUGCUCGUUCUCCUUCGGAUGGUCGAGCCUUCAGAAGGCACGAUUAUUAUCGACGAUGUGGACAUUACAAAGAUUGGCCUUGCAGAUCGUAAUCCGCAAUGCUAUCAGCAUUAUUCCACAGGCGAGGAACCUCAACUUUUUGAGGGAACUAUUCGUGACAAUAUCGAUCCAAGUUCGUCAUACGGUGACCAGGCAAUCUGGAGUGCUUUGGAGAAGAGUGGCCUCAAGGAGCAUAUCACAAUCAUUGGUGGACUCGACGCUCCCGUCAAUGAAGGUGGUUCGUCUCUCUCUGCUGGCCAACGACAACUUCUAUGCUUUGCUCGUGCUCUUCUACGCCAAACUCGCAUCAUUCUCCUGGACGAGGCAACGAGUGCUGUCGAUCCUCAUACAGAUGCGGCUAUCCAGAGCAUCAUCACAGGUCCAGACUUUGAAGAUGUGACGAUGAUUACGGUCGCACAUCGGAUUAAUACUAUCAUGGAUUACGACUAUAUCAUGGUCCUUGAUGCUGGAAAAGUUAUCGAGUAUGACACUCCUAAUGCGCUUCUUGCUCGUAAAGACUCGGUUUUCCGUUCACUCGCUGCGGAGGCAAAGCUUGUUGACGAUCUCUAA